UCACUUAGAACAAUGGGCCUGUUUCUCUAUCUAUAGACCUACAGAGGCAGAGAAAGAGAGAGAAGGAGCCCUUACCACCAUUACCUAGAAGACAGACAGAAAACACAAAGAAAAAGAGAGAGAGUGGAGAAAAAUAUGUUCUGAUUUUAAAGAGACUAUAUUGAUGAAGAGAACGUGUUCGAGAGAAAGAGAGAUACCUGUGGCACAGAUAGACGUUUUGAAAAUGGAGUUUUUGUCUUGGGGAAAAAGGAAAAUACAAAGUUGUUUUUAACCAUUUUGUUUUUUUCUGUUGAGAAGGACUAAUAAAAUACUUAUACGAAGAGGGAACUGCAGUCUUUCUCGAUGGAUCAGAUGGAGGGGACUGACAGUCCUCGCUUCAGGAAGCUCCAUUUCCCUGUGGGUCUGUGGAUCAACUCUCCCAGGAAACACUUUGCCAAGCUGGGGGGCCGCUGGCCCAGCGCUGUCUCUGUCAAGUCCACCACCAGCUCUGACGCAGCGUCCCUCCACGAGGCCCCAUCUUCCCUCUCCAUCUCCACCCCCUCCCUCGCUCCCCCAUCCCCCUCUCCCUCUCCGGCCUUCCUCCGGCCCCGUCCCGCCGGGCCCCAGUCCCGCACCAAGCGUCUUUCCCACCUCUUCCUGAGGGGGCGCUCCAACAGUGACCGAGACAAGGCCAUAGGGGAGAAGGAGAGGGAGGUGUGGGCCCACUCUGCUGCCCCUUCCUCCCACCACUACCUGCCCUCUGCCUCCUCCACAGCCCCAGGCCUCAUCAAGAUCUAUGGGGAUGCUCUGUCUAGUGGGGCUAACUACCGCUCUUUGCUGGCCACCGCCCACUCUACAGCCAAACAGCUCAUCGCCCAGGUCAUCACCCGCUAUACGGAGAGAGAGAGGGAGGAGACGGACGAUGCAGCCCUGCAGAAACACAGCCCGGAAGACUUCCUGUUGUGUGAUGUCAUUGGAAAGCCCAUCCAGCAACCAGAUGGAGCCUUCCAAUGGGAGACAGAGUGUCGUAGGGGCGUGGCUGAAUGGGAAUGCCCACUGCUAUUGGUGGACAUGUGGCGGCCCAAGGAGGGGUUUGAACGCCGCUUUGAGAUCCAGAGGCGGGACGACUACGAAAGAGAGGAGAGGGAGAAAGAGAAGGAGCGAGAGAGGGAAGGGGAGAACCACACAGGUGUACGUUGGAGGCGGAGCCGCAUACAGUCGGGGGGCGGGGCUGAGGAGGGAGAGCGAGGUCAUCGAGGACGGAACUCGGAACUCAGGAGGAGCAUCAGCGACAUGAACCUCAGCCUGAGGCGUCGCCAAGGAAACCACAUCGGCAAUGACCCCCGUCGCUCCGGAAACCACCCUAACAACAGUGCAGUACUUCAGGACAGGAAGAACAUUGUGAGCAUGAUAGCUCCAUUGGAGCACGGAGAGAUGAUGAGGUCAAAGGUCAGAGACGAGGUGGAGCGGAGGAACAAAGCAGACAAAGCAGUGGAGGAGGAGAAAGACUACUCAGCCUGCGACCUGGAAGUGAUGUCACAGAGCCUGAUCCUCCCGCCCACAGACCGACCCUACUUCUUGUUGCUGCAGGGCUACGACCAGAGCAAGGACUUUGUUUUGUACAUCAUGGCAGGGCACACACACGUUUUUGGGCGGAAGCCAACGAUGAGGGAGAGAGAGAAGGACAGAGAAAGGGAGAGGAAGGGGAAGAGGCCUCUGAAGGUGGAAACGUUCCUCUCUGCUCCAGACAUGCUGGCCAGGCACCUGUUGGUCAGGAGAGACUCAGCCGUACCCAACGCUCCCCCUGGGCAAGCUCUGAUGCGUCCCUUCAGAGGAGGAUCCGUCACACACAACGGAGAAGCUCUCUACCGCGAGGCGGGGCUUAAACCUGGGGACGUGAUUGGCAUAGGAGGUCAUUUUCUCUUCCUGUAUCGUGACCCCCGCGUGACCCCGGCCCCUCCGCUAGCAUUGGCGCUGCCUUGGCAAGCCGACGUUCCCUCCACCUGCUGCCUCUCGGGAUUGGUGGACAGACAGGAAGCGUUGAGGCAGUACCUGGGUUCCACUGAGGCUCUGCUGCGGUUCCAGCCCCGCCACGCUGACGCUCUGCUACAGGAGAUAAUCUCUAAGAACUCCUCUCCAGACUCAGAGGGUGGGCCUUUAGCCCCAGCCUUUCUCCUGUCAAUCAUGAUUGACCAUGCCUCCAAACACCUGGAUCCCGCCCUCACGCCUCAGUUGCUGCUGAAAGCAGCCAAUCAGAUCAAAGGGAUCGUUUGGGACAACAUUAAGGAAUUUGGGGAUAAGCAUCCCACGCAAAAUUCCACAGAGCAGGAGGUUGAACUGAGUGCGCCCAGUGCUCAGAAGCUGUCCUCUGACCUUCGACCUCUGAUGUUCUGGAUGUCCAAUGCCACAGAGCUCCUCAACUUCUUCCAGGUCAAAGCUGAGGCCAUGGAGAGAGACUGGGAGUUUGAGGCUCCUGGUGACCCGGUGUUGUCAGCUGACCUGGACACCUGCUCCGAGGCCCUGGCGCAGCUUGAUGACGUGAUAAUGCACACCUUCCAGCAGUGCGUGUACCACCUCACAAAGACACUGUACUCCCUCCUGCCAGCUCUCCUGGACAACAACCCUUUCUCCAGCCCGGAGAAAGAGAAGGAGAGAGAUGAGGGUAGGGAGAUGGAUGGGGGUGAGGGUGGUGGAGGGGAGGGAGAGGGGGAAGACGUGUCCUCCCUCCCCCCUACGGUGGCUGGACUGGUGGAGGUGUACCGCUGCUCCCUGAUGCUGUCCCGGGAGGCCUGCCUCUCCCCCCCACUCACCUCCCAAACCUUCGGCUACCUCUUCUUCUUCACCAACACCUCCCUGCUCAACACACUGCUGGAGAGAGAUGGUCUGUUCUCCUGGUCUAGAGCGGUCCAGAUCCGUACAAACCUGGACCUGGUUCUGGACUGGCUGCAGGGCGCGGGACUUGGAGAUAUCGCCUCUGAGUUCCUGAAGAAGCUGUCCGUCACAGUCAAUUUCCUGUGCGUCCCUAAGACCCGCCUCAUCCAGUCAUCCUGGGCCAGCCUACAGGAGGACCAUGCCUUGCUAAGCCCCACCCAGCUGCACCAUCUGCUGACCAAUUACAAGCUGGGACCGGCCAGAGCUCCACCGACCUCCUGGGCCCCUCCCCCUGGGACGGAGCUCAGUGGAGACAUCUUCGAAAGUUUCCUGGACCACCCCCCUCUCAUCCUGCCAAAUGAGACGCCUCAGCUGGAUCUCUCGCAGCCAAUCCCCAGCCCCGAGCUACAAAAGGAAGUGACACGCCUGCGCAACUUCCUGUGGGGACUCGACCAGGAUGAGCUGCCAGCCAAUCAGAGGACCAGGCUGUGAGCGCUGGAAAGUUCAUCUCUGGGUAGAAGCUACCCUUAGGCACAGUUCUAGGAUCAGUUCACCAUCCGCCUCAACCAUGAAGGGGGAAAGACACAAAACUGACCCUUGAUCAGUAUCUAGGGGCAAUCUCAUCCAUCUCAGGCAACUUUGAUAUUAACACUAUAUUGAACCCCCUGUCGUAAGGCAGAUGCAAUGGAUAGGAAUGGCAACUGGUGUGAGGAAUAGUAACUGGUGUGAGGAAUAGUAACUGGUGUGAGGAAUAGUAACUGGUGUGAGGAAUAGUAACUGGUGUGAGGAAUGGCAACUGAUGUGAGGAAUGGCAACUGGUGUGAGGAAUAGUAACUGGUGUGAGGAAUAGUAACUGGUGUGAGGAAUGGCAACUGGUGUGAGGAAUAGUAACUGGUGUGAGGAAUAGUAACUGGUGUGAGGAAUAGUAACUGGUGUGAGGAAUAGUAACUGGUGUGAGGAAUAGUAACUGGUGUGAGGAAUAGUAACUGGUGUGAGGAAUGGCAACUGAUGUGAGGAAUGGCAACUGGUGUGAGGAAUAGUAACUGGUGUGAGGAAUAGUAACUGGUGUGAGGAAUGGCAACUGGUGUGAGGAAUAGUAACUGAUGUGAGGAAUGGCAACUGAUGUGAGGAAUAGUAACUGGUGUGAGGAAUAGUAACUGGUGUGAGGAAUGGCAACUGGUGUGAGGAAUAGUAACUGAUGUGAGGAAUGGCAACUGGUGUGAGGAAUAGUAACUGGUGUGAGGAAUAGUAACUGGUGUGAGGAAUGGCAACUGGUGUGAGGAAUAGUAACUGGUGUGAGGAAUAGUAACUGGUGUGAGGAAUAGUAACUGGUGUGAGGAAUAGUAACUGGUGUGAGGAAUGGCAACUGGUGUGAGGAAUAGUAACUGGUGUGAGGAAUAGUAACUGAUGUGAGGAAUGGCAACUGGUGUGAGGAAUAGUAACUGGUGUGAGGAAUAGUAACUGGUGUGAGGAAUAGUAACUGGUGUGAGGAAUAGUGACUGGUGUGAGGAAUAGUGACUGGUGUGAGGAAUAGUAACUGGUGUGAGGAAUGGCAACUGUCAAAAGAAAGUCAUAACACAAUGUAAUAGUUAUCUAACUGUAAGACAAUACAACUCUUCUUUUACUGUUCUCUAAACACUCUUUGUUUUGUAACUCAUUGCCUGAAAUGCAGUGGUUGCCUGAAAAAGAAAAGUCCUGCAAAAUGAAGCAUAAAUGAUGGUAUGACAAUGUUAUUAUGUAAAGGAUAUCCCUGUAGGUCAGCUUUAUACUGGAUGGAUGGAUGCUCACAGAUAUUAUCAUAUAAAGAAUAUAGUAAAUGUGUAUUGUCACAGAACAUUAGAUUGUAUACCAAAGUAAACACUAACACUAUGAAGGAAACUGUUUUACCAUGUGUAUUGUAUUUCUAACUGACUGUGCUGAUAUUAUAAAUCAACUGUUGGUACCCUA